GACUGCGGCUCGUUAGUUGGUUAAGUCGAAACUAUACCAGUGGGCUCCCGCGGGUUGUGCUAGUCGUAGUGAUAUUUACCCGAUUGUAGUCAUUAUACCAUUUGCUCCCGCGUGUUCUGUCGCGACGCACUACAUAAUUAUUUCCGUGAGAGCAAUACGGCAAUUGUUGAUUCGAAAUCGCGAGCAGUUGUCAGAGUGCAGCAGUAGUUCAGCAGCGUAGAAAUCCGACCUAUACGUCAUCACUCUCCGUAGUGGAAGAGAAUAGCAAACAUUGGAUAUUUGGAACUCCGGUGGAGUAACCUCGGCACAGAAUGCCGUCUCCGUGCCCCCAUUUCGGGCUGAGUUCGUUGCACGUUGUGCUGGCACUACUGUUUUUCUUUCUAGUCCUAUUCACCACCUCAGCGACGCUGAAAAACAUCUCACAUCCCAAGUCGAACCAGUUGCAAAGUCAACCCGACCCGGUUGCGCUGAACAACGACCUAGAUUGGAAACUUGUCAAGGAAGUUGUCCUUCACGAACAGAAAAACACUAUUUUCUCCCCAUUCUCCAUCAAACUGCUGCUGUCCUUGCUGUACGAAGCAUCCGCAGAGCACAGCAAAACGAGACAGGAGCUAUCACAAGUGCUAGCCGGCUCGGAUCUGGAAAAGAACCGACUGCUCUAUCAGGAAUUCCUGGAAAGCUCCACGAAAGAAAACAGUAACUAUCAGUUCAACGUUGGCACACGGAUAUUUGUCGACCGGGAGAUAGCGAACGUCACGGAUACUUACACCGACUUGGUGCAGUCAUGCUACAGAACCAGUAUUGAGCGGGUUGUGUUCAACGACUCCGUGGAGACAGCAGCCAAGAUCAAUGACUGGUGCUCCCACAUUACCCAAGGACGCUUGAAGGGCUUGGUGGAUGAAGAGCUUGUAAAGAACGCAGCCAUGAUCAUUGCCAACGCCUUGUUCCUGAAGGCGUCCUGGAGGAAUUCGUUCAAGGAAGAACUAAAUCGAAACCGAACAUUCCAUGUGACAGAGGAUACAACCGUGGAGGCUGAAUUCAUGGCGCAGACCGACAUCUACGAGUAUCUGAACGAUCAAGAUAUGCAGCUCGAGAUGUUGCGAUUACCGUACAAAGGUCGACACUUUUCAAUGACUAUCGUGCUGCCAUUCAAAAACAGGUCGCUGGAUAAGCUGACCGAAACUCUAACUGCUGAAAACCUACUGAAACUGGAAUCGAAUCUGCAACGGGAAGAGAUUUUAGUCAUAAUUCCCAAAUACAAAUUCGACUACAGCACCACGCUGAACGACGUGCUGAUAAGGCUGGGGAUCACCGAGGUGUUUACCGACGAAGCCUCACUGCCGGAACUAUCAGGGGGACAGAACUCGACCUUGGAAGUGUCCAAAAUAAUACAGAAAGCAGGCAUAGAAGUGAACGAGAAGGGAACGCUUGCUUUUGCAGCCACAGAAAUUCAGUUAGUAAGCAAGUUUGGAAUAGAUGAAACUACUGAGUUCAAUGCCAACCGGCCGUUCUUGUUCUACAUCAAGGAUGAAGUCUCGGACGCAUUGCUGUUCGUGGGAAAGGUGGUGAGUCCAGUAGCGAUAACUGCUGCGGAAAGCGGAGAUUCAAUGAGCAUCUCCAAUCGACGCACGAACAGGUUCCCGAACACCGAUCGCCACCGCCAUUCUUCAGUAGACUUGCGAACGUCGACCCAAAAGCAUCCCUUUUCGCUGUUUGUUUGGAAGAUUUUGAUUUAUUUUUCUCAGUUCCCAGAGAUGCCUUUUCCUACGAAAAUAUGUUUGUUGUUGCUACUGGUGAUAAGCGUUUACGUGUGCCCCAGUGAGAGCGGGAGAUCCCAGAAAGUUAAGUCACGCUUCGAUCAACAAACGGAACCGAGUCCAACAAAGGAUGACCACUUCGAUUGGCUGCUGAUAAAGAACGUACUUGGUCAAGACAGUCGAAAUGUGGCUCUAUCAUCCUUUUCGAUCAAGUUCCUCCUGAACAUGCUCUACGAAGGGAGCAGCAUCGAUUCUUUGACCCAACGUGAACUGAGUGACCCAUUGGAACGUAAUCCUCUCAACCGUGAACCGCCACGAUGUACCGUGAUCAUGAAUACCCUUCAACGCAACCCUGAACAACUGCUGAUCAACAGUCGAAUCUUUACCGAUAACAUGGUCAAUGUGAACCAGAAAUACGCUACCAUCGUUCAUAUGCAGUACAAUGCCAGCAUUGAGAAUGUCGACUUUCGGCACCCGGAGCAAGCAGCCGAAACAAUCAACCAGUGGGUUUCGGAGAGCACCCGAGGAUUGAUACAAAAGUUUGUCACGUCCCAGAGCGUUAGGGACUCUGUGAUGCUGCUCGCAAAUACUAUCUAUUUUAAAGGACUCUGGGUUAAUGUUUUUUCCCCAAAUGCAACCACAAUCCAACCAUUCAAAACCAGUACCGGACAAAUCGUGCAAGUCCCCUUCAUGAAGCAGAUUCUGUACCACUACUACGCCGAAUCAGACAGUCUUAAAGCGAAGCUCAUUCGACUACCAUACUCUGACAGCAGAUUCUCUAUGAUUCUGGUGCUCCCCAAUGAAAACAGCAACGUUAAUGAACUAGUUAGCACCAUCACACCACAAUCGAUCAACGAAGCGAUCAACAGCAUGGACGAAAUUGAAGUGAAAAUUCAACUGCCCAGAUUCCACAUCGAAUACGACAGUUCUUUCAAAGCACCACUACAGCAGCUGGGAAUCGACCGAAUCUUCCAGGACAACGCCGAGCUGAGUGGAAUCUUUCGCGGAGGGCAACUGACGGCCAAGGUGUCGGAUGUGCUGCAGAAAACGGUGCUGAUUGUGGACGAGGAGGGAAGUACUGCUGGAUCGGCAUCCGGAUCUUCGUUGGUGUUUACUAUUGCCAGCGAACCGGAGAACUUCACUGCGGAUCGACCGUUUUUGUUCUUCAUCGAAGAGGAGUCCACCGGGACGAUUGUGUUUGCCGGAAAGGUGGAAAACCCGGCGCAGUGAAUUCCGAUUUUCAAUGGUCCUAGAGUCCUGUGUACUGCCCUUCUAAUAAAUGCAAUUUUAUUCGGACUACAAUGUAACUGAACCUGCAUUUUUUAUAAGUUACUAGCUGAA